AUGUCGUCCUCCUUCAAUUGGACCGCGCUGGUGGUCGCAAUCGGGGCAACCAUUCUCUUCUGGACCAUCUCUUCGACCUCGUCCCCGUUCACCCGCUCCUUUCCCCGUCUUCGCAACAAGCGUAUCUGUCUGCUCAUCGCUCAUCCCGAUGACGAGGCCAUGUUCUUCUCGCCGACGGUGUUGGCACUCACCAAACCGGAGUUGGGCAAUCAUUUGAAGAUCCUCUGUCUCAGCACCGGUGACGCCGACGGCCUCGGUGAAACCCGCCGCAAAGAACUCGAAAAAUCCGCUCUCCUCCUCGGCGUCCGCGAUCGCUCCGACGUCUUUGUCCUCGACGACCCAACCCGCUUCCCCGAUAGCAUGAGCACCAUCUGGUCCCCCGACCACAUCACCUCCCUCCUCGCCUCGGCCUUUGCUCCCGAUCUCGCCGCCACCCUCAACGGAUCCGCCAAGAAGAAUCCCUCCAAAGCUCCCACCUCGACCAUCGAUGUCCUCCUCACCUUUGAUCAGCACGGCGUCAGCAACCAUCCGAACCAUCGCUCGCUGUACCACGGCGCAGUGCACUUCCUGCGCACCAUGAUGGCGGGUAAGGAUGGGUUUGCGUGUCCCGUGACCAUGUAUACGUUGACGUCGACGUCGAUGCUGCGCAAGUAUGUGGGAGUGUUGGAUGCGCCCUUGACGAUGGUGAUGGGUGUGGUGGGGAAUUUGGUGAAUGGGUUUCGGGGGAAGAAGGGUAAUGCGCGGGCUGGAACUGGAACGGGAGCUGGAGCUGGGGCGUAUCAGCCGGCGAGGUUGAUCUAUGUGAGUGGUGUGGGGGAGUGGUUGACGGCGCAGUCGGCCAUGGUGAUGGGUCAUCAGAGUCAGAUGGUCUGGUUUCGUUGGGGGUGGAUUACGAUUGGACGAUACAUGACGGUGAAUGAUUUGAAACGAGAGAAGAUCUAG